CCAACAUCCGUGUGGAACCACGUUUCGAUCUUUUAAAUUAGGGGGAAAGUGGACUGGAACUUCCUAUUUGUGUAAACCGAAAUCGAGGUUCGAAUUCUGUGUAGUUCUGGUGCUAUAUGAAACUUUCGAGGGGGACACAGAUCAUUUACCCCUUUUCUUUUCUAUCGACGGAAGAAAUCUGCAAGUUACCGAGGAAAAAGGAAAGAGCUUUCGUUGGUCGCAGGUAACCCAAGUUAUAUAUAUAUAUAUUGAUUUAGAAGAUCAGGAAAUGGUGAAAGAUACACAGUAAGCUCAAACCCUAAUUUUCUAUUCCAUCGAUCCUUGUUUGAGAGUUGAAAACCAAUGACGAAGAUGUCUGAUCUCUCUAUAGAUGUGUUGGAGGAGAUUCUUUCUAGGGUUCCGGUGACAUCAACGAGAGCAGUGCGAUCUACUUGCAGAAAGUGGAACACUUUAUCCAAAAAUCUGAGCUUUAGAAAGAAGCACCUUGCUCAAGCAGCUUCAGCACUGAGAAGAGAAGGGGAGCUUCAGGCGAUUGUGUUGUUAAAUUUUAGUCUUUAUUUGAUGAGCGUCAAUCUCCAUGGAACUCACAGCGACGACUUUGAUCCAUCUAUAAGGUCUAGAGGUAAUCUUAUUAGCUUAAACGAUUCGGAUAUACUCAAAAUCACUCGAGUAUAUCACUGCGAUGGUUUAGUGUUAUGCGUCACAGAAAACUACACUAGGCUCGUGCUUUGGAAUCCGUAUACAGGGCAAACUCGGCGGAUCUGCGCCGAACUCAGAUCCGCUAAGAACAGUGGGUACUUGUAUAAUCAUGCUCUCGGAUACGACAAGAGCACCUAUAAAGUCUUGAGGUUUUGAAAUGUUUCCUCCGGGAUGUAUGUGCACGAAAUCUACGAUUUAAACACUAAUUCAUGGAGAGUUCUUGAUGUCACUCCAGACUUGGAUGUGGAGUUUGAUAAUUUUGGCCUGUCUUUGAAAGGAAACACGUAUUGGUAUGCUACAGAUAAGGAAUCACGAGAGGACGUUCCUGGUUUCUUACUCUGUUUCGAUUUUACGACAGAGAGAUUUGGACCGUGUCUGCCUCUGCCUUUUGAGUCUUAUUCUGAAGAUGCCGUGACUCUAUCCAGUGUUAGAGACGAGCAGCUUGCGGUGUUGUAUCAGAACUGUGAUACUUAUGAGAUGGAGAUUUGGGUAACGACCAAGAUUGAGCCUAAUGCAAUGUCCUGGAGCAAGUUCUUAGCGGUGGAUAUGAAUCCAUUAACUGGGUUAUGGUUCUAUGGUGGUGGGAGUUUCCUCAUUGACGAGGAGAAGAGAGCCGUGGUUGUUUUUGAUGAAGAUAAAAAUGUAUCAGAAACCAAUCGUAACACAGCUCACUUCAUUGGUGUGAAUGGUUACUUCAGAGAAGUGGAUCUCGGAAAAAUUACAACAGGCAAAGAGAUGGUUUUCCCGCAUGCCUUCUCUUAUGUUCCAAGUUCUGUGCUUUUUGAGUCUGGAUCUUAUGAGAAACGUUAAAAGCUGUCUUACCUUUGGCGUCAACUUUACUUGUUUUCCUAAUCGGUUCCAAGUUUCAUGUCAUCUCCUUUGGCACCAGCCACCAGCUAUGCUUGAAGAGUUUCCGGUGAGAUAUACAGUUUUUUUAAUCUAUUUUAGUCAGUUAUGUUACAAACUAAGUCUGAUUCUUGUAUUCUUUCCUACCAUUAAACCAAUAAAAUUUUCUCCUUACCAAUAAUUGGGUUAUUA